UGGAGACUGAUAAUCAAGUCAAUCAUGAAUUCACAUGUCUUGUCCUCUUGAGCUAUAUUCACCGAUUAGGACCCAAUAGAUGCAUGAAUGUAGCCGUGUUUCAUCCAAUUGACUUAUAUAUUCCUGGUUUACCUCAUCAAAAGCCGCGCGAGCUCUUCCUCCAAUUCCGGCCAAAGGUAACUUAACUCAUGAUGGGCUGGCCAUAUGAGUUCCUCACUCUAACAGAUGAGGAAAAGCAUCAACGUCGUCUGAGCCUCGACUACUACGCAUAUAUAGCACACCUCUCUGCUUUCGUACCGGCGCUAUUAUUUCUCGUCAUUCGACUCAUCAAUCGUGUGCGCAAGGGCCGUAACAGCGGGUAUCUUCAAGUUCCAGGGUCACCAGGCGUCAAAGCGAAUCGACAGCGAUGGAUCUCUAGAGUUAUGGAGAAAGGACCCGUUGUGCAGUGGUGGCUAGGUGAGGACGUCGUAUUCAUGGGAAGGCAUUGGGGACAACGUGAUGAAUGGGUUUUGGGUACUGCUUGGACAGUUUGGUUGUUAGUUUUGAGCGUUCGUGGCACAGGAAAGGAUUAUCUUCAUCUCACAAAGCGAGUGGGCAUCGUUGCUACCUCUCAGAUGCCUAUUCAGUAUCUCCUCGCUCUCAAAGCGCUCAACCCUUACGCAUAUCUGCUUCACUCAUCUCACGAACAUCUCAAUCGAUAUCAUCGUGUCCUUGGUCGCAUUAUCUACUCCCUGCUCAUACUUCAUGCUAUCUUAUACAACAUCUUCUUCAUAGAGUCUGGAAUAUGGUUCAAACGCUUCUUCGCCCCGGUUGUAUUUGCAGGCGUUGCUGGUUUUACUGUUCUCCAUGUGCUUAACGGUACAGCAAUGGCUCGCGUUCGUCAAGCUUCAUACCGACUCUUCUUCAUCGUUCACCUCUUUGGAGCCUUUGCUAUCCCCCCCUUGAUCUACUAUCAUGCACCGUCCUCGCGAUUCUAUAUCGCCGAGGCCGUUGGCGUCUUCGUUCUUGACCUUGCCGCACGAAAGAUCACCACCAUCACAGCUCCCGCUGUCAUCGAAGCUAUCCCUGGCACAAGUCUCGUCAAAGUCUCUGCCAAGCUUCCAGCUCCAAAGAUUGCCAAGUACACCGCCCGCCCAGGAUCUCACAUCUAUCUCAACGUCCCUGCAGCUUCGCGACCAGGAAUUGGGCAAUUCUCAGCUCCUUAUCUCGUCUUUGAGUUUCUUUAUAACCCCUUCACUGUGGCAUCUACCAAUCAGGAGACGGGUGAGUUGACACUUGUCGCACGCACAAGAAAUGGCCCCAUGACGAACCGUCUGCACCAUCUGUCCUCGACUACCAACGCUGGAGGGUCGACUGAGAAGGUCGAACUUAAUAUUGAGGGUCCUUAUGGUGCCAUAGGGAAGACGUUCAACGACCUCAUCAAUUCAGGUAUCAACCGUAUACUCAUCGUGGCGGGUGGUGUGGGAGCAACCUUUGCUGUACCGCUCUACCACGCUGUUCUAGCUGAGAACUCAACCACAAAUGUCCAGCUCGUUUGGGCCAUUCGAAGUGCAGGCGACGCAACCUGGGCCGCCUCAACUCCUACUGGCAAGUCUCUUCUCGACGAUGAUCAAGUGCAGCUCUUCCUCACGGGAGACAUGGGUGUCGCCAAUGACAGCGAUAACGCAGCUGGCGUUGAAAUGAACAAUUUAUCUCAACAGAGCACUCGUCCGGUCGUUCGAAACAGCAAAAGGCCUGAUCUACAAAAGAUCGUUGACGAUACGUUCCAAAAGGGUCAGCAGGAUAGUGUGGCUAUUCUGGUCUGCGGUCCUGUUGAGAUGAGCCGAGAGCUACGCAAGAGUGUGACACCGUGGGUGAUGAAGGGACGCAGAGUCUGGUGGCACAAUGAAAGUUUUGGAUGGUAGGUGGAAAGACAAUGUAUGACGAGCACCAUGGCUGUUCUCUUUCAGCCUGAAGUAUGUUGGUUGAGAGUGAUUAGUUAGCAAAUAGAUCACAUAAAACAGCAGCGUCUUGGUUGUAAGCCUUGCAAAAUUCCACAACUUCCACAACCUAACUUAGAUCGCCAUGUCGAGCUAGAGGUAGCCGCUCCGCGACCCCUUGGUUGUCUUGACCGUGGUUGGUCUAAAAGCAUUGUGGCGUGUAGAAAACUGUAGAGACGGUUAUGCCUUACAGAGAAAACCUUCUACCGUUUGGGCCUGGUUCAAGAGGUCAGUCAUGCUCCCACGAACCUGGCAACUCCGGGAAACUCGAAAAGAAUAGGAAGCUGCUCCAAUAGUGAGCGCACUAUGAAUAUCUAAAGACCACGUUGGGUAUCUUAGGUUCAAACCCCCAGCCAUACCUCAUCCCAAAGCAAUUCGGUAUAGAAUGCACACCAAUACAACACCACCGUCAUUAUAGGCCAUACUAUCAUAUUCUAUGCUCGCGCGAGGUGCAGUCUUGUCCUUGCUAAACCAUCGUAAUAGCCAUCAAGAAUUUCGUCCAUCAACGCCUCACCCAUCUUCCGACCCUCACUAAUAACGCACCACACUCCGUUAUCUAACCCCAAGUAGGGAUGCCGUUAAGCCGGCAUGAAAUCUAGAGUAUGAAUAAACAACAAGAACAAGGCAAUAUCAGAAAUUCCAACGUCUAAAAGAAACCGCAACCUUUGCUGGUAUCAUAAGAGGGUGUCAUCAGCCACACCCAAUAUCUCAUCUUCAUCGAGAGCUCACAUAUUGUCGUUCAGUCUCACUGCCGGUAUCUAGCCAGCUGUGCCAUGAUAUUCUGAACUUGAACCGCUGCAUCUCCGUUCGACGGUGGCUGUGGUACAUGCCCGUAGGAAGCUCCAUAUGGGCCUGGAGGGUGCUGCUGUUGUUGAUGUUGCUGAGCUGCACCAUUCCCACCCAGACUUCCAAGUAGUGCCUGGAUGUCAGGUUGAGGUGCUCCAGCGGCAGCUGCACUUGUGCCACCUUGAGCAGGCGUUGGGUUUUGGACGCCCCCUUGAACUUGUGCGAGCAAUUGCUGAAGUGACACAGGGUCAAGCUGACCCAUCAUAUUCGCAAUGUCAGCGACGUUGACUGGAGGAGGCUGCUGUUGACCGUAUUGUGCGGGAGGGGGAGGGCCAGGGUAACUGGCUGCAGGCGCUUGAUACGGGGGCUGACCUCCAUAAGGAGCACUACCAUAGCCAUUUCCUCUGUAAGUUUGACCAUAGUUAGGAGGGCCUCCUGAUGCCUUGGCUUGAAGAAUAACCUUGGCUGCAGUAGCGGGGUCCAGGUUUUCGUACUGAUCAUAUCGAACAUUGUUGGAGCCAGCGGAGCGAUCAAAGGCCUGUACCGGAAUCUUGCCUGAGCUUUGCGCUCGAAUAUCGAGAUCAACAACGGCAUGAACACCUUCGGCCGCUUGCCGCUGAACUACCAUGUCCUUGGGAAUCCUAGGAUGCAGGAACAUAACCUCAGACCUAAGACCUUGGGACUUGAAAGCUUGCUCCACCCAGUUGACAAAGUCGCGAUUUACAUCUGGCUGAAGGAUGACCUGUACGUCAGGGACGUCAGCACCAUACCUCCGUGGGAGAUCAAGCUCAGCCUCAUGUCGAGGUCGCCCAUAAGGGCUCGGACUUCUUCGUCGAUAAUUGUUGUCCUUGCC